AUGGGUGUGGAAGCUCAAAAUGUGGCCCCCAAGUCACAAUCAGUCAGGAACCGCGCAAGGGUAUUCACGGGCCCCAGGCAACUUGCCAGGACCAGGUACUUUAGCAAUGCCUGUACAAGGCGACGAAUGCAGAACGGCCGUCCCACACACUUCACGUCUGGAGAGAUCAUCCACAAUCGGACACGACUCCAAAGAGGCAAGCUCUUGCCAAGGGCCAUUAGUCCCGGUAGUGAAAUCUUCCGACGACUGCUUCGACGGUUGCCAAGCCGCUCGAAGGGGGGCAGGGAAACCUCCCCGGCUCAUCAUCAACCAUCGUGGAUUCGUGGAGGUGGGAUGAUCAUGUCUUGUACCGGUUGGCACUCCGAAAUCUGCGAGUCAUCGUCCUGGGUACCCUUGGAAGGCAUUCAGAGUUAA